AUGGACAUGGCAGUCAACAAAUUGACUCGUCUACUUAGUAGUGGGCCGUACUAUCCGAGGACAGAUAUUCAUGAAGAGACUAGACCAUACAAAGUCCGCUCAUCUACGGACGGCGGCUGGACCUCGCUGAGUGGGCUAGAAAGGAAGCUGUCAAACCACAUUAAAUCCAAGCUUAUGGAGAGGAGUUCGCAGAAAUUGAUGUCAGAACCACUCAACUGCGGGAGCAACCUCUCUGUUCGACCUUCUACCGCCUAG